AUGUUGAAGACGCUGGAUGCGUCCUGCAAGGCCUCGACGGUGAGCGAGGUCAUGCAAGAGGUCCGCGGCUUCUUCACUUUGGGUCACCUGCUCUAUGCGUACGCGUACCUGCGGAUGCUUCACUACAAGGAUCCCAACCUGUACUACGCAGCUCUGUGGCACGACCCGGCCUUUCUCUUGCCGAUUGUGUACACACCUACAGUUGGUGAAGCGUGCCAGAAGUUUGGCCUGCUUCCCUUCUUCCCCCGUGGCUGCUACGUCUCAAUAUGCGACUGUGGCAGGGUAAAGGAAGUACUGCUAGAAUACGCAGAAGCCAUGCUCACAAAGGAUGAGAAUGGCAAGUUUGAGUGCCAGUGCAUAGUCUUUUCGGAUGCAGGGCGCAUCCUUGGUUUGGGAGACCUUGGCUGUUGGGGGAUGGGCAUUCCAAUUGGAAAGCUGGAUCUCUACACAGUCUGUGCCGGCUUCAACCCGUACAAGACGGUGCCGGUCAUUAUCGACGCAGGAUGCACUGACGCAAGUGGCAAUUCAGCCAAGCUUACAAUCCGAGACCAUGAGCUGUACACAGGAUUGAAACAGGAUCGAAUGAAGCACGAGGAUGCACAAGGUACCGAGGUGAACACUGCUUACUACGGGCCUUGCUCCCUCAUCGGUGAGUUCAUGGCUGCAGCAGCAGACAUCUUCAGCCGAAAAUGUUUACUUCAGUUCGAAGACUUCAAUACAAACGAUGCCUUCCCGCUGCUGGAGGAGUACCGGCACAAGUUCCUGAGCUACAAUGACGACAUCCAGGGCACCGCAGCUGUUGUUGUAGCAGCGGUGCUGGGUGGAAUCCGGCUUCAGAAGCCAGGUUGCAAGGAGCUAAUCAAAGAGCUCAGAAAGACACGCGUGCUUUUCCAUGGAGCUGGCUCCGCGAACUUGGGAAGCGCGAUGCUGCUUCGGAGCGAAGCAGGAGUGCCCGCGGAGUCGAUCCUUUGCAC